GUGAUAAAAAUGGCGGCAAUUGUGAAACUUGACUGACACAUAGGCCUACAUGUAGGCCGUUGGUGAGCUCCGUUGGUAAAUGAAAACAUACCUAAAUAUAUGAAAUCGGGUCCAACCACAGCAGCAUCAGUAUGAGGCGAUCUAGCGCUCCAAGUCAAGGUGGCGUGGCCAAACGUCCUAGGUUUUCAGCGCCGUUCAAGACCCCUGUCCUGAAUCACCAUCAGAUUUCUCAAUUAAAACCAGAUAGCACCAAUGUCUCUCAACCAGAAGCAGAAGUGAAAAAUGUACCAGUCCUGUCAGAAGUAACACAGCAGACAAAACCAGCUGUAGCUGAAAAGACCAAUCAGGAUGUCAACAGAACUUCAAAACCCCAUUUUAGGCAACCCUUACAUGUGCGUCCAUCGACUGUAGACAAUCAACUUCACCAGAAAACUAAAGAAAAUGAAACUGAAGCAGAGGAAGCUAGUGGAGGACAGACAAGAUACCUGAGUGUGAUGUGGUGUAAGAGAUCCAACAAAAAGCACAAAAAAUGGGAAGGAGAUGCUAUUCUUAUCACAAAGGGAAGAUCAGUGACGCUGCUCGACAUGGAAGGGAAAGAAAUUGGUAAAUCGUCUGGAUACAAAUCUACAGAGCUAGAAACACUGAAGGAUGACGAAACCUUAGCUGUUGGUGGCAAAGAAAUCCAGGUGAUGUCUGUGAUGACUGAACAACAGUUUAAGUCGGGGAAGUGUUUCUCAUCAUCGUCACUGACACAGUCAUCAUCCUCUCCAUCAGUGUGUCGACUUUCAGACCAGAGUGCAGUCAAUAAGGCGUUCAUCAGUCCACAAACCCAGGGUCACUCCACACAGACUUCUGUCAAAGCUGCGACCCCCAGCCCACAGUGCCAGGUCCAACCAAGACACAGUGUGGACCAGCCAGGAGCUCUGGUGAUGCCCAGACCAGGCAAACAACACCAGUGGUUUUCUAACAAGAACUCCCUGCCCGUUGUUGAUGUGGUGAUAGACCCCCACAUUGCCUCCCACCUUCGUCCCCACCAGAGAGAGGGAGUGAUAUUCCUGUAUGAGUGUGUCAUGGGAUUCCGAGAUUUUGGUGGCCAGGGAGCCAUUCUAGCUGAUGACAUGGGACUUGGGAAAACUCUUCAAAGCAUUUCACUACUAUGGACUCUUCUGAAGCAGGGACCUUACGGUGGCCGACCUGUGAUAAAGAAGGCCCUCAUCAUCACCCCGGGCAGCCUAGUCAAGAACUGGCAGAGAGAGAUAAAGAAAUGGCUUGGUAAUGAGCGUUUGUCUGUGUAUGCUGUCAGUACAGACCAGCGUGUAGAGGAUUUUGUGAACACAGCCAUCUAUCCUGUCCUUAUCAUAUCCUAUGAAAUGUUUGUGCGGGCCUAUGACAUGAUCCAGAAACUUCGAUUUGAUCUCAUCAUCUGUGAUGAAGGUCACAGACUGAAAAAUACAGCUAUCAAAACAACAUCUCUGAUCAUGUCUCUGCCUACGAGAAGGAGAGUGGUACUUUCUGGUACACCAAUACAAAAUGACCUACAAGAGUUUUACUCCAUCGUAGAGUUCUGUAACCCAGGGAUACUAGGUUCAAGCUCUGCAUUUAAGAAUGUUUAUGAGAACCCAAUUGUAGCAUCACGUCAGCCUGGAGCUAGUCAGGAGGUACUAGACAUAGGAGAGGAACGUGCCUCAGAACUGUCUCGUCUCAUCAAACUCUUUCUGCUGCGUCGCACACAGGAGAUCAAUAACAAAUACCUACCACCCAAAAGUGAGGUGGUGGUGUUCUGUAGUCCGUCAGACUUACAGGUACAGCUGUACCGGGUCCUGCUCAGCUGUCGCCUUAUCAGGUCGUGCCUCAGUGGACAGAUGGAGGGAGCCCCACACCUGAUCUGUAUCGGAGCCUUAAAACAAUUGUGUAAUCACCCUUUGCUUCUUCACAGCAAAGCCAAGGAUGCACAUUAAUGCAGUUUGGAUGAGGAAUCGUCUGUGUACGAGGGAUUGUUUCCUGUAUAUCCAGAGGGAUUCCUAGAAGAGGAACAAAUUGAGAAAUUCUCUGGGAAACUUCAAGUGCUAGCUGGAAUAUUAGCAGACCUGCAGGAACAAUGGCCAACAGAGAAGUUGGUACUGGUGUCCAAUCAUACAAAGACUUUGGACAUGCUACAGAAGUUUUGUGACCAGAAGAAGUAUGGCUUUCUCCGGCUUGAUGGCCAGACGCCCACUAAUCGACGCCAGGAACUCAUAACCAAGUUUAACAACAAGUUCUCCAAAGAAUUUGUAUUUCUUCUGAGUUCCAAGGCAGGAGGUGUAGGCCUGAAUCUGGUUGGAGCCUCCAGACUGGUGCUGUAUGAUAUUGACUGGAAUCCUGCUAAUGAUUUACAGGCCAUGGCACGUAUAUGGCGUGAUGGACAAUCCAAGCAAGUUCAUAUCUACCGAUUACUGACCACUGGUUCCAUAGAAGAGAAAAUCUACCAGCGUCAGAUCACUAAACAGGGCCUGAGUGGAGCCGUCAUGGAAUGUAAGGCAGGCAAAAGUGAUGUGCAAUUCUCUCGUGAAGACCUUAAGGACCUGUUUUCCCUGAAUGUCAAUACGCUGUGCGACACUCAUGAACUUCUGAGCUGCGACUGUCAGGGAGGUCCAGACACAGUAGUAGGUUCCUCUUCCAACACAACAGCUCCCUCUAGUGUCAGACCAUGUCAGCUAGGGGCCGGAGGUAUCCAUAAGGUUGCUAAGCGGAACCUUGGAAUGGACGAGCUGAUGGACUGGAAGCAUCUUUCUGGCAACAGUGGCAAGACUAAUCCUGAGUGGUUCCUAGAUGGUGCAUCAGAGAAUGUUUCCUUCAUGUUUUGGCAUGAGACAAAGUCAUAAGCUGUUCCUAUAGAUACCUGGUCUGUUACCAUAGUCUUUCAGUGUUUGGUGCUUUAUUUUUCUAAAGUGCUAGAGACAUUAUAAUGCUUGGUCAUUAAAGUAUUAAUUUGUUAUAAAGAAAUAUUUUCUCACAGUUGUCAAUAAUCCAAAAUUUUAUCAAUAAAUACACAGGAAACAUGGAA